CAAAGGGAAAGCGGAAGACAUGAAUAUUUAUAUAAAACAUGAAGUUUUUCUUUAUUGUAGGAAUAAUUGAUAGCUCAGCAGUCGGUGUUGUAAAGAUAUAUUUCAAAAUGUCUGUACCGGCUAUAGUUUCCAUUCUCGCAGCUUUGUUGUCUGUCAGUCUUGUCAUGGAAGGGAUAGAUGCACAGACUUGUCAAGCUGUAACGGACUGUAGCACAGAGUACGGCUCCGCUUCAUCAGCGGCCGGACAAGACAAGACCAAAUUAUGCAAUGCUAUCAGUGCUUACAUAACAUGCCUAGAAGCCGCGGGAAAGAAAUGUGGAAUUGACAUCGCCUCGACAUUAGACCCCGCCAAAACGACCCUCUCACAGGCAGGAUGUCAAACAUCAACAUCAACAGGUGGCUAUGCAACACCUUUCCUUGGUUUCGUUACCAUGGUUCUGGGAGUCUUGAUUUUUAGAUCUGUAUAAAUUAAUGAGGAAAAAUUUGGAAAAAAGAGUCUUUUGCGAAUUGGUACAUGUAUUCUAUUUUAACAAAUAGAUUGGUGUUUUUUUAUCUAUAAUUUGUCAUAAAGGACUAUUUUUCAUACUGAUUGACUGACUGUACCUGCCAUGAAUGUAUUUUUUUCUCUAUUCUUACGAUUAGCUAUUUUGUAUUUUCGAUGUCUUAAACACAGAGAAACAUAAGAGAUAAGAAGUUUCCAAAUGUACCUUAUUUCAUUUGACCUUUACUUAUGUUCUUUAUGCUUUCUUUUCUCAAAUGUAUUAAAGGUAGUCUAAAAGAUA